CUCACAUGGUAACUCGGCACGUGAAAGCAUGAGAGUGGGCUGCUGUGGCUGUCGUUGAGUGUUGGAAACCAUGUAUAAGUUCAGAUGAAUGAACGACUGUGGGCAGCACCAGCCCCUCGCAAGAAGCUUUUCCCACUGGCAUCGAUAUCGCUAAUGUCUGGAUGUAAAGUGGCUCUAAAAUCUUAUCUGCCUAGCCAUUUUCCACUUGUGAAUUAGCAGCUCACCAGGAGACGUGCGGUAGCCUACUGCAGCCCCAUCAUUUCGAAGUGCAUAAUCUCUCCCACUUCAUUUGGCAGAUAUAGCCAUGGCAGGACGAGGCAGAGGACGAGGCCAACUGACUUUCAAUGUCGACGCCCUUGGUAUCAAAAGAGGAGAGGCCCUGCCUCCGACAAUGAACAAGCCCUCUCCCCUGUUUCCUCCUAUGCAGUUCCAGCCAGUGCCUUUGCAGACGGGAGAGGCAGUGGAGUAUAUGCUCGCCCUCAAGCAAGAGCUCAGAGCUUCUACAAAAAACCUGCCAUUUCACAUUGUUCCUGCUAAACCCAAGAGGGAUGUAGAAAGAUACACCGACAAGUACCAGACCUCGGAACCCAAGAAUAACACCAUUGAGUGGACCCCAGACUGGAAUCGACUGCCGAAGGAACUUUGCAUCAAAGUUCGAGAGCCCCAAAAAGCCAAGGCGCGUCCUCCGAUGAAGAGGAAGCUGAAGAAGGAAGUGGGGAAAGAGGAGAUUAUCGAGAAACUAGAGACGCUGGAAAAGAAAGAAGCGGAAGGGAAGUCUGACGAAGAGGAGGAAAACGAAGGGAACAAAAAAAAGAAAAGCGAGGAAGACGAAGAGCCGGAAGAGGAGAAUGAUUAUGAUGAUGAAGACAUUGAAGAUGAAACGGAUUACAUCAUGUCCUACUUUGACAACGGAGAAGACUUCGGUGGAGACAGUGAUGACAAUAUGGACGAAGCCAUAUACUGAAGUCUCUGUAAAUCUUCUCUCUCUGGGUUUUACCUGUUUACCUUUAACAUAAAGUAGACAACCAAUUGUUUACAAGGUGUUCUGACCAAUCAGAUUCAAGCGGACAGGCAUGGCAGGACACUAUAACACCUUUUGUAAGGUGAGCUGCUACAAUCCAUCAUACUUGACUGUGGCAAGUGUGCUCAGCUGCUAACACAUAACCAUAGUGUUCAUCAAUACUUUCAGUUAGCUAAGAGUAUAAUCUUGCUGUGAGCUGGAGUGUGGUACGUUUUUCAGUUAGGAGAUCGUUCUUUGAGGCAGCCAUUGAUCAUUGUUCCUCUAGUACCAAAGCCAGCUUGGGGUUGGACCAGAACAGGAGUUUUAUUCUGAGAUUGCAUCUGGCAAAGUCACGCAGAUUCACACUGCAGAAUUUAUUUUAUGUGCCUGGAUUUUUUUUUAUUUUAUUUUUUAUGAAUCUUUAUGAUCUUUUAUGAACCACUAAUAAUGUCAUUUUAAAAAAAGAAAAACGGUUUAAAAUUGUUAUUUGUUUUAUUUGUUCUGUCAUAAGUCAUGUCAUUGUUUUAAAAAGAAAUGAUACCAAUCCCUGUAUAAUGGCAGUCUGUUUUGUCAGAUAUUGGACGUCAUCUAAGCAGUAGGGGGCGAUCUCUGUCUUUCAGCAUGUAGAAGCUGUACUAAUGACACAAAUGUGACUCUGCACUUUGCAUGAAAGUAUAGACGAGCAUCAAUAUGAAGUUAGUGAAAACAACAAUGCUAUUGGACAGUAAAAUGUACCAUUAAACUGUUCUCAGGCCUUA